AUGGUGACUACGUGGCGUUGGAUAUGGAUUCUUAUAUUACUUAUAGGUGAAUGGCUUGUUUUUCGUUUAGCUGUAACAAGAUGUCCAUGGCCAGCUCCUUCUACCUCUUUAGACUCCAACGCUCCUGAACGAGUUCUCUUGAUUGCCGAUCCACAAGUGACUGAUGCUUAUUCUUACGAUAGACAAGGUGUUUUACUUUGGUUAACAGAAUUCUAUAGUGAUCUUUAUAUGCAACGUAGCUAUCAACAUGUGACAAGACAAAGGCAACCUGAUAAAAUUGUAAUCCUUGGUGAUCUAAUGGAUGGUGGAAGAGAAUGGGAUGACCAAGGGUUCAAAACACAACUGGGACGAUUCUACAAGAUCUUCAACCAACAAACCAAGACGUUAUAUAUGAGCGGUAAUCAUGAUAUUGGGAUUCGUGACGGUAUCCAACCUCAUAUCUACGAACGAUUCCAACAAGAAUUUGGACCAAGCUCAUCCAUUCAUUCUUUGGCAUACAAUCAUACCCUGGUGAUCAUCGAUACCGUUACACUCACAAAUACACAACCAUCCAUCCGACAAGACGCCUUGGCAAUAUUGGACCAAAUAGCGCAUACCAAUAAGAUAGGACAACGGGUAUUGAUGACACAUGUUCCUUUAUAUCGACCUGAACAAACCUCUUGUGGUCCAUUACGAGUACAAUCACGACCUUUUAUCUAUCAAGGUUAUGGACACCAAUACCAAAAUCUGAUGGAGCAUGAUAUCUCUCAAGCCAUUCUUGAACAAGUCCAACCUGAGCUUGUGUUUUCGGGUGAUGAUCAUGAUUUUUGCAAGGUGACACACAAGUACAAAAAGGAUGAUUUAUUGGCUUUGGAAUAUACCGUACCGACGUUUAGUAUGUCUCAAGGUGUACGACAACCUGGUUAUAUGUUAUUACAAGCAACAGAGCAAUCUUUGGUCCCGCAAUUAUGUUGGCUACCUGAUCAAUUGGGGAUCUUUAUCAUGUAUGGUUUCCUGGCUGGUGUCACCAUGAUCUUGUCCUUCAUCAGCCAUAUUUAUUCUCUUAUUGUCAAAAGAAGAAUGAAACGAAUGAAAAAGAAUGAUGAAGAACAAGUCUUGGAUGUGGAUUCAACAAUGACUACGACUUCUUUACUAUAUGGAACUGUAUUACUUACUCUAUCGGAUAUCAAAGAGGUGGCACUGGUUGCUUUCCCAUUCUAUCUUUUUUGUAUACUCUUAUUAUGA